AUGAGUUUCAGCCAGAUCUUGCCAUUCCUGCUUGCCAUUCAUGAGAUCAAUCAGACUCCUAGGCUGCUCCACAAUUUCACCCUGGGCUACAGCCUCUAUGAGAACUUCUUCAGUGCAAGAAUGACAUAUGAAGCCAUGCUGGACUUGCUAUCAAUGGGGCACGAGAAUGUCCCAAACUACAGAUGUGGGAGACCAAAACAUCUGUUGACAGUGCUUGAAGGAACUGAUUCCGAGCUCUUUCAUCAUGUGACAACCAUGCUGGGCAUUUACAAAAUCCCACAGAUCAACUAUGGGGUCAUCAGCCACAUUCCUGAGCAGAAACAGCAUUUCCCUUUCUUCUACCGGCUGAGUCCAAAACAAGAGCCUCCUCACUUGGCGAUUGUCAAACUGCUCCUGCAUUUCCGAUGGACGUGGAUCGGCCUCGCUCUUCCAGACAGUGAAAGUGGAGAAAGGUUCAGGAGUUCCUUUGUGCCUGUGGCCCUCAAGAAAGGGCUUCAUCCCUUUCUAAGAAACUUCCAGCUUCACAAUCUUACUGAGGAUGAUGUUUAUUUGGAUGAGAAUGGAGAUCCUACUGCUGAUUUUGAUAUCAUGGAGUGGGCAGUAUUUCCCAACAAGUCUGCUGCUGGGGUGACAAUUGGAAAGAUCGAAAGAGAGGCCUCUUCAGAAGUCAAGAUCUCCAUCAAUCAGAGUGCCAUCAUAUGGCCAAUGUCAUUUAACCAGGUAGUGCCUUUCUCGAGGUGUACUGAAAGUUGUCUCCCAGGAUACACCAAGCUCACAAGAGAGGGAGCCCCAGUUUGCUGCUACGACUGUUCUCCAUGUACGGAAGGAACCAUCUCCAUGCAGGAAGAUGCGGCCCAUUGUGAAAAGUGUCCUGAUGACCAGCAUUCCAAUGAGAGGCGAGAUCAAUGUCUCCCCAAAGUUAUAAGCUUCCUCUCCUAUCAAGAAAACUUGGGUCUCAUCCUGGCUCUCAUUGCUUCUUUUUUGUCUCUAAUCACUGGCUUUGUCCUAGGACUCUUCAUUAAAUACCAAGAAACUGCCAUUGUCAAAGCUAACAACCGGGACCUCACCUACAUUCUCCUGGUUUCUCUUCUCCUUUCCUUCUUGACCUCCUUUCUAUUCAUUGGACACCCCAAGAAAGUGACCUGCCUUCUUCGACAAACUGCCUUCAGUGUUGUUUUCUCGGUUGCCGUGUCUUCCUUACUGGCCAAGACCGUCAUGGUGGUGGUGGCCUUCCUGGCCACCAAGCCAGGCAGCAGGAUGAGCAAAUGGCUGGGGAAGAGUCUGGCUAAUUCCAUUGUCUUGUCCUGCUCUGGUGUUCAGGUGGGCAUCUGUAUGUUAUGGCUGGGAAUCUCUCCCCCAUUUCCAGAUUUCAAUUUGCAUUCCCAACCAGGACAGAUCCUGCUGCAAUGUAAUGAAGGCUCAGUCACCAUGUUCUAUACUGCCCUUAGCUACAUGGGCUUUCUGGCUGCCAUCUGCUUCUUGCUGGCUUUUCUAGCCCGCAAACUUCCAGGGUCCUUCAACGAAGCCAAGUUGAUCACCUUCAGCAUGUUGGUCUUCUGCAGCGUUUGGGUCUCCUUUAUCCCCACCUACCUCAGCACCAAAGGGAAAUACAUGGUAGCUGUGCAAAUCUUCUCUAUUCUGGCCUCCAGCCUGGGCUUACUGGGCUGCAUUUUUGUCCCCAAAUGCUACAUCGUUAUUCUCAGACCUGACUUGAAUGUGAAGGAGCAUCUGAUGAUGAAAACUGAUGAGACCUUUUAA